AUGGACAAAAGAGUAUUAGUUAUAGAAGUAUUAGGUGGUAAAUGGAUAUGUGAUAUUCUUGGUGGAGAGGUUUAUACAGCAGGUUUCUGGGUAAAUGGAGUAGGCGAAAUAAAUCAAAGAUAUUUAGUAAAUGCUGCACAUUGUUUUGAUAAUGAUUUUAUAAAUCCAGAUGGGUCUCAAAAUUUUUAUAUUUUGAAUUCUGAGAGUGGUUUGGUUGGAGUCUUUCCUAUCGUAAAAGAUGAAGGUAUAGUCACACGUCUGUUUCCUAUUGUUGGUUCACUAAAUAUAGACUCUCUAGAUCCUGGAUUUUAUAUAUCAAAUAUCAAUUAUGAUGAUGGUCCAUCACUUGAUGGCGUCAUAUUAACGUCUAUAAUAUCUGCUUUAGGUGAUAGUGGAACACCUGCCUUUCGUUUCGAAAACUUUCCCAACAGAUCGCUUUUAGCUGGGAUAAUUGUAGGUGGGA